AUGUCCACCACAACGGAGAUACCAGUAACCGCCGCACCGAGCAUCGGCUCACGGAAAAAUGGCAAAAACUGGCAUGGCACCAAGAAAGCUUUUCGUCCUAAUGCGGGUUUGACUUCAUACGCUAAGCGUCAAGAGUUGCGCAAGCACCAAGACGCAGUCAAGGAACUCGAACGUGAGAUGAAGGCAGAACACGAGGCUGAGCGUCAGGCCCGUAUCCAGCGGAUCAAGGACCGUCGCGAAGCCAAGGAGGAGAAGUUGCGUUAUGAGAAGAUGGCCGAAAAGAUGCACCACAAGAGAGUCGAGCGCCUCAAGCGCAGAGAGAAGCGCAACAAGUUGCUCAACUCUUAA